AUGCAGCUACUUUCGUUUCUCAGCCUUGCUGCUGCAUUUGCUAGUGUGACCGCUGCUCAACGGGACCUUCCGCCACGUCCCGAUCUCAAAUAUGACGAGACUGCCGACUGGUACAAGGAUCACGGAAAGCCGAUCCCAGAUGUUGCGCCAGAAAUCACCGUUAUCGAGGCGAACAGGAGCUAUGUCGUGAAGCUUGAAUGUCCAGACUGUCCUUUCCUUGUCAAGGAGGGCAGGAAAGCAUCAUGGCAGGAGCGUGAUAACUCUUUGCUUCUGAAGUUUGACCUCAAGGACGCCGUAUCCGACAUAUCGAUAAUGCGUCUGAACGGUGCCACGGUUCUACCUCUCGACCCGAUGCCCCUCCACAUCAACGCAUACCAAGUCGCCGGCAAUCUCACACAUGAAGCCAUGGACAGUAUCAUCCAUGAACGCUUGCUGGAUCCCGACUUUGCCUGGCAGACAAGGUACCACCAGUUCCCUCUGCAAUACGAGCACACUCUUCUCAAAACCGAGACUCCAGGACAGUGGUGGAUGCAAUUUGAUAUCACAGGCUUUCCAUGGGGUAAAGAUGGCGAGCCAGUACACUUCGAUGAAGAUCGCAGGCUUGUGCAGGUUCUAGUCAAAGAAGAGAAACUCGCAGACGGCGCAGAAAAAUCUCUGUCUAUCAAGGAUGUUCAGAUUGUGGAGCGAUACCAGCGCGCCCAGCCGAUUAGGAUGAAGUGCGGCAAGCUGGCUAUGGUGAAGACCGCCUUCGAUCCAAACGAGUGGGACGAAUACGGCAAGCUGGGCUCCUGGUCGCGGGUGUGGAACAUGGUGUUUGGUAAGAUUGGGCAGUAUUGGUUGGAUCACAUCCAGCACAAUGCACUUCUGCUGCCGCUGGCAUUGCUGCUUGCGUUCCUCAUCUUCUUCGCCCGCGUUUGGCACCAGAGAGGGCAGCAGGAGAAGGCCAUGGACGCUGAGUAUGCUUUGCUGGAGUCUACACAGGAAGGACUGCCUCCAGCAUACUCAGACAUUCCUGUCAUCAAGAUCGAAGAGUACGAUUGA